UCUGCUCAUUUUCUAUCACUUUCAAGCGUUUCAAAUCUGGUGUGACAGCGAUGUCGUACACGUACGUGGUAAGCGUCGCCACGGGAACUCAAGGCAGGUCAGGGACUGAUAAUUACAUCUUCAUAACACUGGUUGGAACGGAGGGGUGCAGCCGAAGGAUUGGGCUGGACAAACCUCUGUUCGAUGACUUUCAGAGGGGCUCGGUGGAUUCCUACCCGGUGGGGGUGCAAGAGAAUCUGGGUGAAAUUGUGUUGGUGAAGCUGGAGAAGAAAACGUAUUUGGCACAGGACCACUGGUACUGCAGGUACGUCUCGGUGAGGACUCCAGGGGAAGACGAUGCGGAGUUCCCAUGCUACCGUUGGCUGGUGGAUGACAAGGAAGUGGUGCUGAGGGACGGGCGAGCUCACCUGCCUCAGGAUGAUAAGACGAGCCUGGUCAAGGAGCACAGACAAAACGAGCUGAAAAUGAGACAGAAAGCCUACAGAUGGAUGCAGUGGCAGCCAGGCUUUCCUAUGAGCAUAGAUGCAAAAAGACACCAAGACUUACCCCGGGACAUCCAGUUUGACAGUGAGAAGAAAAUGGAUUUCGUACUCAACUACAAUAAAGCAAUCCAGAACCUGUUCUUGAACCACUUCAUGAACAUGUUCCAGUCAUCCUGGAGUGACUUUGACAAUUUUAAGAAGAUCUUUUUGAGGAUCAAAAACGCAACCUCAGAGUACGUGAUGCAACACUGGAAAGAGGAUUUCGUGUUCAGCCACCAGUUCCUGAAUGGCUGCAAUCCUGUCCUCAUCCAGAAGAUCACCAAACUUCCAGACAAGUUUCCCGUCACCAAUGAGAUGGUCGCUGUCAGCCUGGAGAGAGAGUUGACUCUCGAACAGGAAGUUAAGGCAGGUAACAUCUACAUGGUGGACUAUGAAGUGUUAGAUGGCAUCAAAGCAAAUGAUACAGACCCCCGCACCCCGCAAUACAUGACAGCUCCCAUCUGCCUUCUGUACAAGAAUACACAGAAUGAGAUCCUGCCAAUAGCCAUACAGUUGGGUCAGACUCCAGGCGAAGACAACCCCAUCUUCCUGCCCACAGACGGUGAGUACGACUGGCUCCUCGCAAAGAUCUGGGUGCGCUCGUCCGACUUCCAGCACCACCAGACGGUCACGCACCUGCUCAGGACACAUCUGAUCUCAGAGAUGUUUGCCAUCGCCAUGUUCAGACAGCUCCCUGCAGUCCACCCCGUCUGGAAGUUACUCAUCCCACACGUCCGUUUCACCAUCGCUAUUAACACUAAGGCCAGAGAGCAGCUCAUCUGUGAACAUGGUCUCUUUGAUAAGGCAAAUGCUACAGGUGGAGGUGCUCAUGUGCAGCUGGUUCAGAAGACCAUGAAGACUCUGACCUUCAGGUCUCUCUGCUUCCCCGACAUGAUCAAAGCUCGCGGUAUGGAGAGCAAGGAGGCGCUCCCUACCUACUUCUACAGAGAUGACGGCUACAAGGUGUGGGAGGCCACCAAGAGCUUUGUGUCCGAUGUGAUCAGCAUUUACUACAGCAGCGAUGAGAAGGUGCAGGGAGAUGAAGAAAUCCAGGCCUUUGUCAAAGAUGUGUGCGACUUCGGUAUGAAAGACUUCAAACACUGUGAGUUCCCCAGGUCGCUUGAAUCCCGCGAGGAGCUGAUCGAAUACUUGACCAUCAUCAUGUUCACUGCUUCAGCCCAACACGCAGCGGUCAACUUUGGACAAUACGACUGGUAUUCCUGGAUUCCCAACGCUCCAUCCACCAUGCGGAAACCCCCGCCCACUCAAAAGGGUUUGGCAAAUAUAACCCUGAUCAUGGACAGCCUCCCGGAUCGAGGACGCUCCAGCUGGCACCUGGGGGCCGUCUGGGCCCUCAGCCAGUACCAGAAGAACGAGCUCUACCUGGGAACGUACCCUGACGAGUACUUCGUGGAGAAGCCGGUGAAAGCUUCUAUGGAGAAGUUCAAGAAGGAUCUGGCAGAGAUCAGCAGUGACAUCAAGAAGAGGAACCAGGGACAGAAAUUGCCUUACUACAACAUGUUGCCUGACAAGAUACCCAACAGUGUUGCUAUUUGAACACACACUGAACUGAAGAAUCUCCAAAGUGGAACGUAAUUGAUGGCAGAGUUUAUUUCAAAAUUAAUUCCUAGCAAUCAUUGAAGUCCACAAAUGUUUGUUUUUUUCUGCACACAUUAUUACUAUUAUUGUGCCGUUUUUGGAACGUAACCUCGGCUGAAGACGUCAAAGGGAUACACGGGCACUCACCUGGACACGCCAUUUAAAGGCACAACACAUGAAUUUACAAUAGUAGUUACUACAUUUCAUAUAACACUUUUUUGGGGUAUUAUUUUUACAGUGCUAUACUUGAUUAAAAACCACCAAAAUCAUUAAAAGCAUUUCCAUUUUUA